AGGGUGGGAUUGCAAACAAAGCAAGGUUUUUCCUCCUUACAUUGGAUAGCACUGAGCUUUCACAAGUCAAGCGGUCAUUGGAAAAGGAAUGCGGGCGCCAUCUGCCGGUAGUGUGCCUAUUUAAGGAUCCCCCAAGUCCCGUCUCGGUGAACACUUUUAUGUGAAUAUUUUAUGGGCACGGGUAUAGACAUUGCAGGCAGACGAAGGAAACCGACUCAUAGUUUCUGAAACUCUUCGAGGUAUUGUGGACCACAGAAGCCGCCGUAGUGACGUCACUGCUUAUAUCUCACUCGGAAGUCGCACUACAGCUCGGUUGAGACGCCACCGGCCGGGGCGAUCUCCUGCUGUACCGCAACGAGGGAUAAUACCAGCAUCCAGCAACAAUUUACGGGACUCACACCGCAGGGGAUACACACCAACCGGAUGGACAGACAGAGCACAAACGACCGAGCGCAAAUUAGCGCAACAUAAACCCGGCGUCUCCCAUAGCAACAGACUGUCCGGGGCACUCCUAUGCACUAAUUCUAUGCAAUAUUACGUCAGAAGUAUCCAGCAAAGAUAUACUGUGUUUCAUCACCACUCUUACCUGCUGUACAGAUUAAUUCUUCAUUGACAAACUUCUCUACAAGACCAGCACCUUUCUAUGAAGAAUGUAGUCUAUAACCAUAGAAGCAUGGUUCAAUACAGCAAUGGAUAAAGCUCCAAGGAUGCAGAGAACAGAUACGGCCCUGAAAUCCAAUGAAAAUAUGAGCGCAUCAGGCAACUUGCAAUGAUGGAUGUGGUAUACGAUUACACCAAGGAUGAGGACAGCGUAAGCACUGCAGAUUUACAGUGGUUCUAUUCAAAGUCGAAGGUCCCAAUUUGUUUAGCGAUAACUGACAGCUUUCCCUUUCUAAACAAACUGAGGGAUGCCAAUAUCCUGUCUGAGGAGGAGGUGCUGGAAUUGCUUGGAGAUACAAGGAAUGUCCAUCGAGUGGUGUACGAAUGUCUCUGCUGGAUAGAGGAUAAGGUCAUCCGAUUACAAUAUUUCUUUGAGAUCCUGUUUCAAAAAUCCUUCUUGAAAAGAUAUCCCGAUCUAAAUCCAAUUUAUAAAGAAUACAAAGAAGGAAAGUACCGGUACGCCAUACACAGCACUGCGGAUCAAGAGAAAGACCUCCUGAUAUUUGCAAAGGAUAAAGUUGAGAUUUGUUUAACAAUUACAGAUCGGUUUCCAUUUCUUCAUGGGUUACAAGAUCUUACGAUUCUCUCUGAAUCCGAGUCACUGAAACUGCAGGCGGAUGAAAGGCCAGUCUCCCGCGUCAUAUACGAAUCCUUGUCAUUAAUCGAGAAGAAGGACUUGAAAUUAAAUAUAGUGUUUGAGUAUAUAUUCCAGCAGUGUUACCUGAAGCUAUAUCCUGGUCUACAGGACAUACUACGAGAACCAACUGAGGAGUUUGUUGCACCAUUUAAUGGAGGACAAUACCCGAUGUUCAAUACCACCACUGAUCUACUUGAAUGUUUUAACCAUAAUAAAACCUAUAUAUGUGAAGCUGUAAGUGAGCGCUUUCCAUUUCUAAAUGGACUACAUGAUUUCAGACUGCUUCCUUACAUACAGUUGCUGAAGCUGCAAGCAGAUAAGAGGUCCACCAAGGAGGUGUUAUAUGAUGCCUUGAGUCAAAUCCAGACUACAAGUGACAUUGAAAGCCUUUUUGCCUAUGUGUUUCAAAAAUUCUUCCUCAAGAUGUUCCCUGAUCUCCAAAUAACUCUCAAUGGUUUAAAUGCAGCAUUAUCGUUGGACAUCUGUCUCCCUUCUCCAGUGUCCUGUACAGGGAAUGUUACUGAAACACAGGACCAACACACCAACACUCCUAUUAAAGUGACAGUAAAAGACGAACACCUGGACCGACAUGAGCAGAACUCCAGUGAGCCUUCCACAGUAGAACAUGAAGGUGAAACCAUAGAUGUGGAGGAGCAGGACUACAAUGAACCAACCAGAGUGGCGUAUGAGUAUCAAAAUAAAGGCAUCCAGAAGCGGGAAGUAAAAAAACGUUCUAAAGUGGUCCCAAAAGAUGAAAUUAUACAAUUAACCGUGCAGGACUUUAGUGAACCUUCCCCAGGUGCAGAUGAUGUUUUGCCACAUCCAGUGCGGAAAUGCAGACUGCAGCCUAUUAGUUACUCUGAGCCACCGGAUAUUGUCUGUGAACUGAAUAAUCAUGACGUGAAAUACAAAGCUCCAGAACAAUCAAAAUAUCACAAACCUGGAAGAAGAAAAACCCAAGAAUGCAACAACUUGACUUUGAUGGCAAGAUCUGAGCUAAUGCCAGGGACGAAACUUGUGACUGUAAAGCUUGAGUUCCCAAAACAAGUUUUCAAUGAUAAAUUUAAAGUGCGGUGUGGUAACAAGACUGGGAUCUUCAAGAAAGCGAAGUGGACUGGACACUCGUCGAAAGACCUGUGCAUUCGAUGUGAUGGCAAGAGAUUUUCAGUGACAUCAUUUGAAAGAUAUGGAGGAAGAGGAUCAUGCAAAAACUGGAAGAAAACAAUUAAUUGUGAAAGAAUCAAGUUGGAAACUUUAUUUAAGGCUGGAAUCCUGAAACAUCCCAUAUGGAUCAAAAAAUCGACGAGUCCAGAAUGCAAUGUGAAAAGUUUGGUCGGCCCACAUCAGCUUGAAGUAAAGAAAGCAAAAGUGAAACUUGAGACAAGAUGGCAGACAAUUUUAGACAACAACUUUUCUAAGUGAAAAAAAAAGUCAAAAAACCCAAGGGAGGAGUGAUACUUUUCACAUAUCCAGCUUACAGGUGAAGAGCUAUUACUAUAUACAGUAUGGGAGGUAUUGGGCCUGUUUAAAGGGGUACUCCACUGGAAAACAUUUUUUUGUGUGAGAGAAAAAUUACGUGAUUUAACUUCAGCAACCAAUCACAUCUCAGCUAACGAGCUCUGGUAAAGUGAAAGCUGAGCUGUGAUUGGUUGUUGUGGGAAAAUCACUCCACUUUUACUCUCACAUUUGAUAAAUCUGGGCAAUAGAGAUUUGCAAAUUACUUCUAUUUAAAAAUCUUAACCCUUCCAGUACUUAUCAGCUGCUGUAUGCUCCACAUGAAGCUCUUUUCUUUUUGAAUUUCCUUUCUGUCUGACCACAGUGCUCUCUGCUGACACCUCUGUCC